AUGGCAGGGGCUCCUCCACAGCUCCCUUCUCAGGCAAGAAGUUCGCGGCGUCCGGCGAUGGACGCGUCUCCAAGCGGCAGCAACUGCAUCGACAGGCAGUUGUGGUGCAUUCCUCCUUACACACGACUGAAAUGGCGCAACCCCUCAUCGGUCUCUGUCUUCAUCCUUCACGAAAAGAUAGCAACAACAACCCUCAACAUGGCGGUGGAUACGGUGGUCGGAGGAGCAAGAGGUUGCAAAAACAUCAGCAUGAAGAAAUCAGGAUUCUUUGCAGCUUCCAUGGCUGCCGCUUCUGCUACUACCGCCAUAUCUGGCUCCAGUUUCAAAAAUCAAACUUCUCACGAGGAUCAUCGAGGAUCGAGCAAACACAGUGAAGAUUCUUCUGAGAAAACGGAUUGUUGCGUGGAGAAAUUCGCACCGAGGUUUGAUGGAUUGAGGUUUAUCGAAACUCUGGUGACAUCGGACAUACUGAAAAGAAGAAAGGAACCAGGCUAG